UAUUUCUGUCUAGGGCCGGCGAUCUGCAAAAUGCCUCCGGUAUAAAGAGUGAGAAGAAUGGGGACCUGGGACCCCGGCGCUUUGGGGUGGACACGCCGACCACUGGUGAGCGUUCAUCAAGGAGGUUAAUGAAUGGAAAGGACGCCGCCGGUGGGACCUUUAUUCUUUUUUUUGCUAAACGACUAAGCGAUUAUUAGCUGCAUCAGAGACGUCUACGUUUCCCUGGAUUAACAGGCAGGCAGAUCAGGAUAAGCUUCAAGGGAAAGGAGUUCAGGUGAAAUAUAUUUUACUGGUGACGGGCGAGAAUCGCGCAGCAGGUUGUGUAAUAGUGGAUCGUUAGUCGUACCUGAGGAUAUAUUGUGUAUGUUUGACCGAAUAUCUCUCUCCAUGGCGAUAAAUAAGGGAACACGAGGACCAGGUCACAUAGACCCAUCGAGAAAGCGGGGCCAGUGGAUUUAAAUCAGUCCGUCUCAUUUGUAUCCGCCGAGUGGCGAUGUCUGCUUUUUGCAUAGACCUCCACACGUCUUCGGCCGCGAUUUCAGCACCACCAGAGCUGGACAGCGACCGAAUAGAGGAAACGCUGGAUCCCAGUACCGGCAGCGGCGGCAGCAGCAGCAUGCCUCAAGAAACGGAAGGGUAUCAGGAUCACACGCUGCUAAGCACCGGCCCUGGGGGUCUCGGCAUGGCGCUGGAAGAGGAGCUCGCCAUGCUGACGGGGGAACGGGUGGAGGAUUCAGAACUGACCGCCCUGGAGACGCCUGUCAACGGACAGGAUACAGACUUAUUGUCGCUCUUCCGGCAGAAGGAGAAGGACUUGGUUCUUGCUGCUAAGCUCGGGAAGGCUCUUCUCGAGCGAAACCAGGACCUUACAAAGCAAUACGAACAAAUGAACAAAGAUCUCAACGAGAAGCUGGAGCACCUGGAGCAGGAGAAGCACGAGCUGCGCCGGCGCCUGGAGAGCCGUGAGGGGGAGUGGGAGGGCCGCGUGACCGAGCUGGAGGGGGACCUGCGCCACCUGCAGGGGGAGCUAGAGAGGCAGCAGGCGCAGCUUCGCGAGGCCGACCGCGACAAAGCCCGCGCCGUCAGUGAACUCUCCGAACAGAACCACAGACUACUGGAGCAGCUCAACCGGGCAGCAGAGGUGGAGAGACAGUUGUCCACUCAGGUCCACUCCUUGCGGGAUGAUUUCCGGGAGAGGAGUGUCUCCAACAACCAGCACAUGACGCGUCUGGAGAGUCUACAGGCAGAGCAAGGGCUAGAAAUAAAGAUGCUGUCGGAACGUAAGAGAGAUCUAGAACGGAGGGUGAACAUCAUGAUGGAUGAGAACGAACAGCUGCAGAACACGAUGGAGAACCUGAGAGAGAGAACGCUGGUGUUGGAGAAGCAGUGUCACGAGAAGGACCUACAGCUGCGUCAGAGCCAGCUGGAGCUGCAUGAGGUGCGUGUGUCCCACCGGCAGCUGAGCGCUCGUCUGGAGGAGCUGAGUGAGGAGAAGAGCCUGAGCUUCAGCCCACACACACACACACACAGCCUGCUCAGCGAGAUCGAGCAGAGCAUGGAGCAGGAGGAGAUGGAGCAGGAGCGGGAGCAGCUGCGGCUCCAGCUGUGGGAGGCGUACUGUCAGGUGCGCUCCAUCUGCUCCCAACUCAGAGGAAAUGACAUCACAGACUCCGCCCUGUCCACCGACUCCUCCAUGGACGAGUCGUCCGAGACGCUGUCAGCCAAGGAUGUGCCAACGGGUAGCCUUCACGCCAACCUACUGGAACUACGCAGACUCACUCAGAACUUACUGGAUGGCAACGAGUCCACGGGCUCGCGGCGCAGUGAUGAGGAAGCUCUGGAGGAUCAGGUGCGUAAGCUGAGUGAGGAGCUGAGAGCGAUGAAAGACCUUUACGAGAGCGAACAGGAGAGAACACACAACAGCCAAGAGGAAACACUACAGCUACACAAUCAGGUGGCGCUGCUCUCGGUGGAGGCGUGCUCAUGGCGUGAGGAGACUGAGCGAAUGAGGGCGAUGGCAGACAUGCACGAACCCAACGAACAGCUUCAGAGCGCCAUACGGGAUCGAGACGAGGCUAUUGCCAAGAAGAAAGCGGUGGAGAUGGAACUGGCCAAAUGUAAGAUUGACAUCAUGUCCCUGAACAGCCAGCUCCUGGACGCCAUCCAACAGAAGCUCAACCUGUCCCAACAGCUGGAAGCCUGGCAGGAUGACAUGCAGAGAGUGAUAGAUCAGCAGUUGAUGGACAAGCACCAGGAGGAAUGGGAGGCCCCCUACUCCUUCUCAGGAGCCAAUGGGGGCUCUCGCCGGACCUCAGCCACGCCCUCCCGGAGGUCCCACCGCAUGGCCGACCGGGACAGGAGACUCUUCUCCUUCUUCAAGAAGAACUGAGUCUGCACCCAGGAACAAGGGAUGAGAGAGGAGAGAGAGAGAGAGGAGAAGAGGAGAAGAGCAGGUGAAAGGACAGACACACAAACACAGACCCAACCAAAGACCGACUGUGAUCGCACAGGAAUAACUGGAGAAAGGGAUGAGGAUAAGGAUGAGGAUGAGAGAGAGAGAGAGAGAGAGAGAGAGAGAGAGAGAGAGAGAGAGAGAGAGAGAUCGAGAGAGAGAGAAGAUGAGAGAUAAUGUUUGUCAAAGGAUAGCCAGUACAGACCAGAGCAUGUGUGAGCCUAACCUGCUGAUACUGGAAAGCUGAUGCCGCCACUCAGGGAAGUUCAGAUCAUCAGGUGUAGACCAAGAGGUCUCAGUUCCACAUGCACCUUGUGUGUGUGUAUAAGUGUGUGUGUGUGUGUGUGUGUGUGUGUGUGUGUGUGUGUGUGUGUGUGUGUGUGUGUCUGUGUGUGUGUGUAGGAACUUCAUUAAAGCACUCAGCUUGACUCUGCAAUGCCACUGCACUGCCUAUGCCUUGCCUGGUUUUGUCUCUUUGCCUAAAAUUUCACUUUUAUACUCUGGGAGCCCAUCAGACCCGGGCAUCAGUCAGUCAGUCUGCCUGAAUAAGACUACUUCAUACUCACCCUAACCUUAGCCAUUCUAACCUUUUCUAGUGACAGCCAGGCUUACAAGGCUAAAAACGGACUCCUUUUCCAAAUGCUGUAUUAUCAGCUUGGUCAUAACAGCAUACCGAGCUAGGCUAGGGCAUGGCAUUAUCUUAUAUUAACUGGGCUCUAGCACAACUUAAAUCCAGAUACUGUCGGUGAUGUACAGGUUAGUCCUGUCCACAAAUGGCUUUUGUGGCUACAGCCUUCCACUAAAACAUGUUAAAUGCAUGUUAAAGCUGCUAUUUAGGCUCCAAGCAGGACCACCCUAUGGUAGCCACUGUAGACAGGACUGAUGUCUGCUAGCUUAUCUGCAGGCCGAACUAGCCUGUGCUAACAUAGAGGCAGCAGGCAGAACUAGCAUCUGCUAGCAUGGUGGCUGCAGUGACAACUAUCCUCUGCUAGCAUAGUGAGGACUAUCCUCUGCCACUGUAACCUUGAAGUCACGACUACAGGCCUCGGGUCCACCUCUGACAGAUCUGAAAGAACUGAUUGGCAUCCGGCUUAGCCUUUUACAGGAGUGGGCAAAGGAUCGGGUGUGGGCAAAGGAUCGGGUAUGGCUCUAGUUGCUCUAUAGACACACAAUCCAUGCUCUGAUCUUGUGCUGAUCCAAAUCAGUGUUGAGCUUUGGGCAGGAGAGAAGGCUGGUCUGUGGUCAGUGUGUUGUCUUGAAGUUGGUGUUCAGCAGGGUACACUGCCAUCCCCCAGACUGCAACCCACCCUGGGCCGGACCCAGCUCUAGCCCCCUGGUCUGGGCCUGAUGCGGCUCUCGUCCGUUCCAGAGUCGUGUGCUCUCUGGGGGGGGGGGGGGGGUCCCCUUUCACUUCUGAGUGUGUGGGGACGAGCGUUUCCUUCCAGCCUACGGUACAUAGAGAAGUCACUUUAAAUUAGAGGGAAGGUAAUGGGCUUCCAGCAGUCAGGAGAGCGCCUCUCACACCUCACCUUCAGCGCGUCCAGACUGACCCAGCCAACCCAGGGGGAAAACUGACGCCAGAACGGAUCCAGCCGAGCCAGAACCGCACCUGACCGGACCCGUUCUAUUCAGCGAGCACCUGGGUCUGUUCGGAACCCUACACACCUCCAGAUGUGUUUGAGAAAAAGGACUGUUUCAGUCCUGUGACCUCUGUGUACGCGUUCAGUCUGUGCGUGCAUGUGUGUGUGUGUUUCUCUGUGUGUGUGUGUGUGAGAGAGAAAGUACGAGUGUGUUUGUGCGAGUGUGUGCACAACCGUGCUGGUCCUUACAGUGCAGAGAAGCCAGGCACACAUGAGCAAAGCUAUGCAGAUGUCUUCGUGUUUUGAAAAAAAAAAAAAUGGAGGCAGUUGUUGGAUUUGGAUCUAACCCAAAGAGCGACAUUUAUAUGUAAAAUAUUAUUAGCUACCAGGUUCGGAUGAAGUUGAUAUAUUUAUAAAUGUGUAACUUUUGGAUGACAAGACGUCUUCUCCUUUUUAGAGUGGUGAAUCCGUUUGCUGAUGUAUCCCUUAUGUUUAGGCAAGUCUCAGUUCCACUCACCUGGGGCACAGAGAUUCAGUCUCCCUGUCAGGUGCUUCUGCCAUCAUCCUCUCGGAAGAUGCAGGGUUAUCAUUGAAACAUCUGCACAGACAUGUUCACACAGUUAUUCCCCACCCCUAGAGAGAUAACCUUAUUACACUCAAAGGUUCAAACUCAAAAACAUUAUGUUUGGUAAGCACAAUCAGUCAUGAGUUCUGGUAAUUUCCAGUCAAUUUACCAUAAAAAAAAAAUCAAUGUUUUUAUAUAAUUUAUUCAAAUGUUACUUUUUCCAACUAUACCUACUACACACUAAUACCCUAUUCCGAAUUGUAACCUCUCUGAAUAGGGUGUUGAGACAUUAAGAUGAAGGCAUCUUAAUGUGAAGGAAUCUUAAUGAAGUGUUAUUCUCUGGGACGCUGGAGAGGGGGUCACUACACCAGAGUUGAUUGGGGCAGUUCCAUGGAAAAUUAUGUUUUUUGUAACAUCUAUAACACCAAUAAAAUGUGAUGGUAUGUAUGGUAUGGUAUGAU